AUGGAGCAAAACACUCUGAAGAGAAGAGGCGUUGGCCUGACAGGUGUCGACAAAGAGCGAUCCUUCGGGGGCUACACCCUCUUCUGUCCUCUGACCAGCGACACGGCCCAUUUGAUAGAUAUCAACGGAAGAGAAGUGCACUCGUGGAAGCUCCCAGGAAGAAUUGGCCGACACGCUAGAAUCCUGAAGAACGGGAACCUUGCCGUCAACACGCUCCGUCCAGCAUCCGACGACAAUACCAACAACGGGGGCUCGUACCCGUUCCCGUUCUUCCACAAGUACGGCGGAGGCGUCAUGAGUGAGCUGGACCCCAGCGGCAAAGUAGUACGCCAGUUCACCGAUCCUCUGGGUCACCAUGACCAAUAUCAUUAUGGUGAUGGUCGCAUCUUGUACGCCAGCCUUGAGGCGCUCUCCCUUGCCGAUUCAGCAAAGGUCCUGGGCGGAGUUCCCGACACGGAUGUCGACGGAAUAACCUAUGCGGACACGAUAAAUGAAGUCGAUGAGCACGGCAAACUGCUCUGGCAAUGGAAAGUAUCGGAUCGCCUCCCCCGCGACGAAUUCCCCCUGCAGCCACACUACACGCGGGAGCACUAUCCGCUCAUCAACGCCGUCUUUCCCAUGCGCGACGGCAAGCACAUUCUCGCGUCGAUGCGGUCUGUGUCAGCCGUCAUCAUCAUCGAGAAGGCCACCGGCGACAUUGUGUGGAAGCUCGACUCGACGGUGCUGGCGCAGCAGCACAACGCCACGGAGCUGGAGAACGGCAACAUCUUGAUCUUCGACAACGGUGCGUUUCGCAGCGGCGAGUCCAUCACGUAUUCGCGUGUCAUCGAGGUCGACCGCGCGACCAAGCAGAUUGUGUGGGAGUAUCGAGACCGCUCGCAGAUGCUGUACUUUUUCACGCCCUUCAUGGGCAGCGCGCAGAGACUCGCCAACGGGAAUACCUUGGUCUGCGAGAGCGGCUUCGGGCGUCUGUUUGAAGUGACGCAGGACGGGUACAUCUGUUGGGAAUUUGUCAAUCCCCACUUCGCCGCUUAUCCGGAUGAACCGACGCGGAAGCUGUUUCCGGGAGAGUCCAACGCCUUGUUUCGGGCAUAUCGAUACUCACUAGAGGAGAUUCCGUGGUUGCGAGAAAAGCUAGGGAUUGUAGAAGACGGACAGGCUGUGUCGGAUAGCCGGACGGUGAUGGGGAGAAUAUGGAGGUAUGUAACUCUGCAGAGGAAAUAG